ACACCUGGCUUUAAAAAAAAACAUUAAAUUGUCAGAAGGGUAAGUUUUAUGGAAGGCAAAAUGGAGGGCAACGUGGUGGUUAAGGAAGUACGGAUCCUGGAGACUGCUGAAGACAUCCAGGACCGCCGUGAUCAAGUGCUCUCUAGGUAUGCCCAGUUUCGUUCUGAGGCACGUCUGAAGAGGGAGAAACUAGAAGAUUCACGGAAAUUCCAAUAUUUCAAGCGCGAUGCUGAUGAAUUGGAAUCCUGGAUUCAUGAGAAACUUCAGGCUGCCUCUGAUGAGAGCUACAAAGAUCCUACUAAUCUCCAAGCAAAGAUUCAGAAACACCAGGCUUUUGAAGCAGAAGUGGCCGCUCAUUCAAAUGCCAUUGUAGUGCUGGAUAACACUGGUUCUGAAAUGAUUAACCAGCAGCAUUUUGCUUCGGAUAUCAUCAGGCAUAAAUUGGAUGAACUUCAUCGUCUGUGGGAGCUGCUGCUUAGCCGCCUGGCAGACAAAGGCAUGCGUCUACAGCAAGCGCUUGUUUUGGUGCAAUUCCAGCGCCAGUGUGAUGAAGUAAUGUAUUGGAUCCAUGACAAGGAAACUUAUGUUACCUCGGAAGAAUUUGGCGUUGACCUGGAGCAUGUGGAGGUUCUCCAGCGUAAGUUUGAUGAGUUCCAAAAGGAUAUGGCGGCCCAAGAAUAUCGUGUCACCGAAGUUAAUGCACUAGCUGAGAAGUUGGUGGCAGAGGGACACCCAGAGGUGGAAGUAAUCACAAAGCGUAAGAAGGACCUGAAUGAAGCCUGGCAACGCCUACGUCAACUUGCAAUUACUCGACAGCAGAAGCUUUUUGGUGCACAUGAAAUUCAGAGAUUUAAUAGGGAUGCAGAUGAGACCAUUGCUUGGAUUGCAGAGAAAGAUGUUGUGCUUUCCUCUGAUGACUAUGGCCGUGACCUGGCCUCUGUGCAAACUCUUCAGCGUAAACAUGAAGGUCUUGAACGUGAUCUGGCUGCCUUAGAGGAUAAAGUGUCGACCCUUGGAGAAGAAGCCACACGUCUGUGUGGCAUCCACUCUGAUCAUGCCGAACAGACAAAGUCUAAAUUAGCAGAAAUUGAACAUUCAUGGUCUACACUUACGUCAAAGGCUCAGGAGCGUCGUCGUCGGUUAGAUGAUUCGUAUUACUUACAUCGUUUCCUUUCUGAUUUCCGUGACCUUAUCUCCUGGAUCAAUGAUAUGCGUGCCAUCAUUUCUGCUGAUGAGCUUGCUAAGGAUGUGGCUGGAGCCGAAGCUCUUCUUGAACGUCACCAGGAGCACAAGGGUGAGAUCGAUGCUCGUGAAGAUAGCUUCAAGACUACCCAUGAGGCAGGUGAAAAGCUGGUAGAAAACAAACAUCAUGCUUCUGAGGAAGUAAAGGAGAAGCUUAGCACUCUUACUCAAGAGAAGGCUGCUCUAUUGGCUUUAUGGGAAGAGCGACGCAUAUUGUAUGAGCAGUGUAUGGAUUUGCAACUCUUUUACCGUGACACUGAACAAGCUGACACCUGGAUGGCCAAGCAAGAAGCUUUUCUUGAAAACGAAGAUUUAGGAGAUUCUAUUGAUUCAGUUGAAGCUCUGAUCAAGAAACACGAAGACUUUGAAAAGUCUCUUGCUGCUCAGGAAGAAAAGAUAAAGGCUCUGGAUGAAUUUGCUACCAAAUUAAUUGAAGGUCAGCAUUAUGCUGCAGAUGAUGUUUCUCAGAGGCGCGAGCUUCUACUGGAACGUCGCACUGCCUUGCUUGACAUGUCUGCACGUCGCCGUACUAUGCUUGAAGAUUCUUAUCGUUUACAGCAGUUUGAGCGGGACUGUGAUGAAACCAAAGGCUGGAUCAAUGAGAAGUUGAAGUUUGCCACAGAUGACAGUUACUUGGACCCAACCAACUUGAAUGGGAAAGUUCAGAAGCAUCAAAACUUUGACCAAGAACUCAGUGCUAAUAAGUCUCGUAUUGAAGAAAUAACUUCAACUGGAAAAGAGCUUUUAGAUGCUGACCAUUAUGCAAGUGAUAAGAUCAGCAGUCGCAUGGAGGAAAUUGUUCAGCUUUGGACUUCCCUGGAGGAAGCUACCCGUAGGAAGGGAUCCAAGCUUGAAGAAGCAUCACAGCAACAACAGUUUAAUCGUGGUGUUGAAGACAUUGAGCUUUGGCUUUCUGAAAUUGAAGGUCAGCUUAUGAGUGAGGACUAUGGCAAAGAUCUAACUGGUGUACAGAAUUUGCUUAAAAAACAUGCUUUACUCGAAGCUGAUGUUGGAGCUCACCAGGAUAGAAUUGACGGUGUCAGAAUUGCUGCAGAUCAGUUUGUGGAUCGUGGGCACUUUGAUGCCGAGAACAUUAAGGCGAAGCAGAUGACUCUUCAAGAACGUUACAAUGCCCUCCAAAGGCCAAUGACAGUCCGUAAGGAGCGUCUGAAAGACUCCCUGCUGGUACAACAGUUGUUCCGUGACAUUGAUGAUGAAGAGGCAUGGAUUCGAGAGAAAGAGCCAAUUGCAGCUUCCACAAAUCGUGGCAGAGAUUUAAUUGGUGUACAGAAUCUUAUAAAGAAGCACCAAGCUGUUCUUGCAGAAAUUAACAACCAUGAACAUAGAAUUGUAGCUGUUACAACCUCUGGUGAGGAAAUGAUUAGUGAUGGGCACUUUGCAGGAGAGGAAAUUAAGCAGAGAGUUAAUACUUUAAGCCAGCAUUGGGCUCAGCUAAAAGAGCGAGCAAACCAACGACGUCAAGACUUAGAUGAUUCGCUUCAGGCUCAUCAGUAUUUUGCAGAUGCUAAUGAGGCAGAGUCAUGGAUGAAAGAGAAGGAGCCAAUUGCUGGUGGAGGUGACUUUGGUAAGGAUGAAGAUUCCGCUGAAGCUUUAUUGAAGAAACAUGAAGCUCUUAUGAGUGAUUUGGAAGCUUUUAGUUCCACCAUUGCUGCUCUGGAUGAACAGGCGGCUGCAUGUCGUCAACAGGAAGUGCCAGUUAUGGAUAUCACUGGAAAAGAAUGUGUGGUAGCUCUGUAUGACUACACAGAGAAAUCUCCUCGAGAGGUUUCAAUGAAGAAGAAUGAUGUGCUGACUCUCCUCAAUGCUACUAACAAAGACUGGUGGAAAGUAGAAGUGAAUGACCGCCAAGGUUUUGUUCCUGCUGCUUAUGUGAAGAAAAUUGAUUCUGGUCUUACAGCAUCACAACAAAACCUAGCUGAUGGCAACUCUAUUGCUGCUCGACAAAAUCAGAUUAAGGGACAAUAUGAGAAUCUGAUGGCCUCGGCACGAGAGCGGCAGAAGAAGUUGAGUGAGACAGUGCAGGCAUAUGUGCUUGUGCGUGAGGCUGCUGAACUGGCUCAGUGGAUAAAGGACAAGGAACAGCAUGCACAGAUUGAAGAUGUUGGAGAAGAUCUUGAACAGGUUGAAGUGCUGCAGAAGAAAUUUGAUGACUUUAAGACAGACCUGCAAGCAAAUGAAGUUAGACUUGCUGAGAUGAAUGAAAUUGCCAUGCAGCUCAUGAGCCUUGGUCAGACAGAGGCUGCCCUCAAGAUCCAGACACAAAUUGAAGAGCUCAACACCAAGUGGAACUCCCUCCAGCAAAUGGCACAGGAGCGGCAGUUCCAGCUAGGAUCUGCACACGAGGUUCAACGUUUCCACAGAGAUGUGGAUGAGACAAAGGACUGGAUCCAAGAGAAGGAUGAAGCACUUAACAAUGAUGAUUGUGGCAAAGAUUUGCGCUCAGUACAGGCUCUUCAACGCAAACAUGAAGGCUUGGAGCGUGACCUUGCUGCCUUAGGAGACAAAAUAAGGCAGUUGGAUGAAACUGCAAACAGACUGAUGCAAACCCAUCCUGAAGCAGCUGAUACUAUUUAUGGCAAACAGCGAGAGAUAAACGAGCUGUGGACGCAACUGACAGCCAAGGCAAAUGCACGUAAAGAAAAACUGCUCGACUCGUAUGACCUGCAACGUUUUCUUAGCGACUACCGUGACCUGAGCUCCUGGAUUGCUUCAAUGAUGGGAUUAGUGAGCUCAGAUGAACUGGCAACUGAUGUGACUGGUGCUGAGGCCUUAUUGGAGAGGCAUCAGGAACAUCGUACAGAGAUUGAUGCUCGUGCUGGAACCUUCCAAGCUUUUGAACUCUUUGGACACCAACUUCUUCAGUCUGGUCACUUUGCCUCUGCUGAAGUGCAAGAGAAGCUAGAUGCUAUGAAUGAAGCUCGACAAGAUCUUGAGAGGGCUUGGAUUGCUCGCCGUAUGAAGCUAGACCAGUGCCUAGAACUGCAGCUAUUCUACCGUGAUUGCGAGCAGGCCGAAAACUGGAUGUCCUCCAGAGAGGCCUUCCUCUCCUCUGAUGAAGCUGAUGCCAAAGCUGACAACGUAGAAGCUCUGAUCAAGAAACAUGAAGAUUUUGACAAGGCCAUUAAUGCACAAGAAGAGAAAAUUGCUGCACUUAAUUUGUUUGCUGAUCAACUAGUGGCUGCUGAGCACUAUGCUAGCAAAGACAUUGGCGACAAGAGGGGCCAGGUGCUAGAUCGUUGGCAGCAUUUGAAGGAAGCUCUUAUUGAAAAGCGCUCUAAACUUGGAGAGUCUCAAACUCUUCAGCAAUUUUCACGUGAUGCUGAUGAAAUUGAGAACUGGAUUGCUGAAAAGUUACAGGUAGCAACAGAAGAGAGUUUUAAGGAUCCAGCAAAUAUUCAGUCAAAACAUCAGAAGCAUCAGGCCUUUGAAGCAGAGCUUGCUGCAAAUGCUGAUCGUAUUCAGGCUGUUCUUGCUAUGGGUCAGAACCUCAUUGAUAAACACCAGUGUGCUGGAUCUGAAGAGGCAGUACAGCAAAGGUUGGAAUCUAUUUCAGAACAAUGGGACUUCUUGACUCAGAAAUCAGCAGAGAAAUCUCUCAAACUAAAGGAGGCCAAUAAGCAGCGUACUUUCAUUGCAGCUGUGAAGGACUUGGACUUCUGGCUUGGAGAAGUGGAAUCUCUCCUUACCAAUGAGGAUGUGGGUAAGGAUCUGGCAAGUGUGCAGAAUCUUAUGAAGAAACACCAGCUAGUUGAAGCCGAUAUCCAAGCCCAUGAUGAUCGCAUUAAUGACAUGAAUGGACAAGCAGACUCUCUAGUGGAAAGUGGGCAGUUUGAUACUGCUAAUAUUCAGGAAAAGCGUCAGAGUAUUAAUGAAAGGUAUGAACGCAUCAAGAACUUGGCUGCUCAUCGCCAAUCAAGACUGAAUGAGGCACUUACACUUCACCAAUUCUUCAGAGAUAUUGCUGAUGAGGAAUCAUGGAUUAAGGAGAAGAAGCUUUUAGUUUCAUCAGAGGACUAUGGUCGGGAUUUGACUGGUGUUCAGAACCUGCGGAAGAAACACAAACGCUUGGAGGCAGAAUUGGCUUCCCAUGAACCAGCUAUUCAAGCUGUGCAAGAGGCUGGUGAGAAAUUGAUGGGAGUAUCCAAUGUUGGAGUUGCAGAAAUUGAAGCUCGCCUCCAGCAACUCUCAGAGACUUGGUCCCAGUUAAAGGCAAUGGCUGAGCAACGUGGCCAAAAACUAGAGCAGUCACUGACUUACCAGCAGUUCUUAGCUAAGGUAGAAGAGGAAGAGGCAUGGAUCAGUGAGAAAACACAGCUGCUAUCUGUUCCUGACUAUGGAGAUAACAUGGCUGCUGCCCAAGGUCUCUUGAAAAAACAUGAUGCCUUUGAAACAGACUUUGCUGUUCACCGUGAUCGUUGUAGUGAUGUCUGUGAAGCUGGUGCUAAAUUAGUGGCUGAUGGUAAUCACCAUGGAGAAUCAAUAAAGCAGAGAUGUCAGCAGUUGAAGGAUAAACUUGAUGCCCUGAAUGGUAUUGCUGCUCGCAGGAAGAGCAAAUUGGCAGACAACUUAGCAUAUCUGCAGUUCAUAUGGAAGGCUGAUGUGGUUGAAUCAUGGAUUGCUGACAAGGAGUCUCAUGUCAAGUCUGAAGAGUUUGGUAGAGACCUGUCCACUGUGCAGACUUUACUUACAAAGCAGGAGACUUUCGAUGCUGGAUUAGCUGCUUUUGAACAUGAAGGUAUCCAGAAUAUUACCACUCUCAAGGAUCAACUGGUUUCGGGCAACCAUGAACAGUCAGAGUCCAUUAUUAAACGUCACAGUGAUGUUAUUGCUCGUUGGAAUAAGCUCCUCAGUGACUCGCUUGGGCGUAAAAACAAACUGCUAAUCAUGCAAGAGCAGUUCCGUCAAAUUGAGGAGCUUUAUCUCUCCUUUGCCAAGAAGGCAUCUGCAUUCAACUCAUGGUUUGAGAAUGCAGAAGAGGAUCUAACAGAUCCUGUUCGCUGCAAUAGCAUUGAAGAAAUAAAAGCACUGCGUGAGGCCCAUGCUCAGUUCCAGGCUUCUCUGUCCUCUGCUCAAGCAGAUUUUGAAGCUCUUGCAGCCUUAGAUCAACAGAUAAAAAGCUACAAUGUGGGGCCAAACCCAUAUACUUGGUUCACCAUGGAAGCCCUCGAAGAUACCUGGCGAAACUUGCAAAAAAUUAUUAAGGAGCGUGACAUGGAACUGGCUAAGGAAGCACAGCGCCAGGAGGAGAACGAUAAAUUGAGGAAGGAGUUUGCCAAGCAUGCCAAUGCUUUCCAUCAACUACUGACGGAUACCAGGUUCCACCUGCUGGGUUUCUCCCUUAUCGGCUAUGAUGAGAGGUCAUCCAUGAUGGAGGGAUCUGGAACAUUGGAGCAGCAACUGGAAGCUACGCGGCAGAAGGCUGCUGAAGUUCGAGCUCGCCGUGUGGACCUGAAAAAGAUUGAAGACCUGGGACAAAUUCUUGAGGAGCAUCUCAUCUUGGACAAUCGAUACACUGAACACAGCACUGUUGGGUUGGCACAACAAUGGGACCAGCUGGACCAGUUAGGAAUGCGCAUGCAGCAUAACUUGGAGCAGCAGAUCCAGGCCCGUAAUCAAUCUGGGGUGUCAGAGGAUGCCCUCAAGGAGUUCAGCAUGAUGUUCAAGCACUUUGACAAAGAGAAGUGUGGCCGCCUGAACCAUGCAGAGUUCAAGUCCUGCCUAAGGGCUUUGGGUUAUGAUCUUCCUAUGAUUGAGGAAGGACAGAAUGACCCAGAAUUUGAAGCCAUUUUGGAUGUUGUUGAUCCUAAUCGUGAUGGGGCAGUUUCCCUCCAGGAAUACAUGGCAUUCAUGAUUUCUAAAGAGACAGAGAAUGUGCACAGCUCGGAGGAAAUCCAAAAUGCUUUCCGUGCUAUUGCUGCUGGAGACCGUCCGUAUGUCUUACGGGACGAGCUAUAUCAAAACCUUACCAAGGAGAUGGCAGACUACUGUGUGGGUCGCAUGAAACCAUACGAAGACCCCAAAACGGGCAAUUCAGUUCCUGGAGCUUUGGAUUACAUAGAGUUCACUCGCACUCUUUUCUCUCAGUAGAUAAUACUUUGAAUACCUUAGGCCUUAGUCAUUUCUGUUUCUAUAUAAAAGGCUUUAAACUGUUACCAUUAUAUGUGCACAGAGAACUAUAAUAAAUUCAAAUAAUAAACUAUUUAUAAUAGGGCAGCUUUCCUAUGAUCUGGUUUGUAUGAUAAGGGUUUUCAUGGUUUCAAUGUAUGCUGUUUAUUGAAAUGUUUUAGUUAUGAAAUUUGCAAUUAAAGUUUUUGAAAAUUUAAUAGUUUUAAAGUUCAUCAAAAAGCAUUAAGGCAGCUGAAAACAAAGAGACCCUUGUCUUACAGACAGGCUCACGGUAGUUAUGAUGAGUAUUGCAUAACAGCUGUGUUGAGUCAUUUUGCUUGAAAACUACUAUCCAUGUCAUGCUCACAAAAUAUCUAGUUAAAAAGUGCUAUAAAACUCAACAAAUUUAUAUACUUGUGUAUUUGUACUGUACCUUUGCCAUUAACAUUAUAAUAUAAAACUGCAUUAUUAGAUGCACAUACAAUCAAGAGCUCAUUGUAAGCUAUUGUAUUUAAUUUUUAAGCAUUGCAGGAAUGAUAAUGUAAAGUGUGUGUACUUUUAAGAAUUAGAAUGAGGGGUAAUGAGACUGGGACCUCUACUGACGGCUUCUGAGGUCCCUUUCCUCAUGUACCUAAGCAUUCACUCGUGCACCCACAGGUGAUGCAAACCAUUGACAAGAAUUUGCCAUUGUGAGCUCUGUUUGAUGGCUAUUUUUUUUUACUUUUUUCUUUGGCCUGUAUAUAGGCAGCUGCUAUGUUACUCUUGCUUGCACUAAUUGUCAGCAACUUGUUUAUUAGUAAUAGAAAAAAGAAAUUAAUAAAGUGCUGAAUAGAAUGAUGCAGCUAUAGUUGAGUACUGACAAUGGGUGGUAGUGUGGUGGAGGGUGCUUGUGAACUAUGGAGAAUUAUAAUAUCCUUUAUGCCAAAAGUGAUUAGGAAUCAGUCAUUGCCUUUAUAUUCUCUCUUAUUAAAGCAUAAUUUCAUUUA